CUGAACGCCUGGUCGCGAAUGAGAACUCAGGUGUACUCAACACUUAUGAUAGUAUUUCAUAGCAAUCGCUGCAAACGAUUACAAAGUUUUCCAAAACCUGAAGAGAACGGCUUUUUGUGAGGAAGUUAUCACUUGUAUUGAGUUGUAUUGAGUGUAUCAUAAGUUUUUGGUGAACUUGUUCUCUCUCUGCGCUCUCUCUCUCUCUCUCUCUCCUCUGACGCUCUUCUGUACUGUUCUGUAGUUCUGUACGCACUGUAAGACUAUACUCACUCUCCACUGACUACCUGUGCUCUGCCUCUGCAGAUGUUUUAUAUUAAAUCAUAAGAAAGAGAGAGAAAAGAAACGCAUUAAUUGGCAAAAGAGAUGGCGAUCGCAGAUUCCGAAGAGGAGACCAUCAUCUAUCCCAACGAGGAAUACAAAAGAGAUGCCCACAUAUCCAGUCUCGAAGAAUAUCGACGAAUGUAUAAGCGAUCCAUCGAAGACCCCGAGGGUUUCUGGACAGACAUCGCCAAAGACUUCUACUGGAAGUGUGCGCCGAAGAAUGAGUUCUUGAAAUACAAUUUCGACAUUUCCAACGGACCCAUUUCCAUCAAGUGGAUGGAGGGCGCCGUCACCAACAUGUGCUACAAUGUCUUGGACAGGAUUAUCGACAACGGAUUAGGCGAUCGUAUUGCUUACCACUGGGAAGGCAAUGAACCAAACAAUAGACGACAAAUCACUUACAAUAAUCUUAGGCGAGAUGUCUGUAAAUUUGCAAAUGUCCUCAAGAGUAAAGGCGUGAAAAAAGGCGACCGAAUAGCUAUUUAUAUGCCCGUCACCAUUGAGUUGGUCACAGCAAUGUUGGCCUGCGCUCGUAUCGGUGCUAUACAUUCAGUGGUGUUCGCUGGGUUUUCGGCUGAGGCCCUCUCAGAUCGUAUAUUAGAUGCCAAUUGUGUGCUCUUAGUUACGUCUGAUGGCGCAUACCGGGGCACCAAAUUUAUACCAUUAAAGGAUAUAUCGGACGCAGCCUUAGCCGCCUGUAGACAAAAGGGUCAUAGAGUGAUAGCAUGUAUUGUGAACCGACACCUGAACCUGGGAGUGGAAGAGGCAGACAUGAACAACAACCCAUCGAAGCCAAUGAUCAAAUGGAACCCUGAGGUCGAUAUCUGGUGGGAUAAAGUGAUGAAGACGGCCAGCGAUUACUGUGAGCCCACUUGGCUCGACGCUGAGGAUCCGCUUUUCAUACUCUAUACCAGCGGUAGUACUGGAAAGCCUAAAGGGGUUGUGCAUACAACCGGUGGUUAUAUGAUAUACGCGGCGACAACAUUCAAAUAUGUCUUUAAUUACACCGAUGAGGAUGUCUUCUUCUGUACGGCCGACUUGGGAUGGAUUACUGGACAUACGGUUAAUGUUUACGGCUCUCUGGCGAACGGCACUACUAUAGUGCUGUUCGAAGGAACUCCUUUCUAUCCAAACCCGGGAAGACUUUGGGAAAUAGUGGACGACCUCAAUGUGAACAUCUUCUAUACGGCGCCGACAGCUAUUCGUUCGCUCAUGAAAUUCGGUGACGAAUACGUCAAGAAAUACAAACGAACUUCGCUUAAGCUUUUAGGCACCGCUGGCGAGCCCAUCAAUCCGGAGGCCUGGUAUUGGUAUAUGAAUGUCGUGGGCAAUGGCAAGUGUCCCAUAGUUGACACCUUUUGGCAAACGGAAACCGCAGCACCUAUGAUAACACCACUGCCAGGUUGCACGCCUAUGAAACCGGGUUCGGCGACGUUCCCAUUCUUUGGUGUCGUUCCUGCCAUAGUUAACAACGAAGGGAAGGAGUUGGAGGGGCCAGCAGUCGGACAAUUAGUAUUCAAGAGGCCGUGGCCUUCGAUUGCGCGGACGGUUGAUGGCAAUCACGAGCGCUUUGAAAUGACCUAUUUUCACAAGUUUAGGGGUUAUUUCUGUACCGGAGAUGGGGUGAGACGAGACAAAGACGGCUAUUACUGGAUUACUGGACGAACUGAUGAUAUGCUCAACGUUUCCGGACAUCUAUUAUCGACGGCAGAAGUGGAGUCAGCGAUCGUUGGCCAUAAAGCCAUCGCAGAAGCGGCAGCGGUAUCGACACCCCAUCCCAUUAAGGGUGAAUGUCUCUACUGUUUCAUUGUCCUUAAAAAUGGAUUUGAAUUCAACAAAGAAUUAGAGCGAGACCUCAAAAAGAGAGCACGUGAAAAGAUCGGAGCGCUGGCCGCUCCUGAGGUCAUUCAUCCGGUCAGUAGUCUCCCUAAAACCAGAUCUGGAAAAAUUAUGCGAAGAAUUUUGGCCAAAGUUACGAGAGAUGACUGCGAGUUGGGGGACAUCUCGUCGAUGGCCGACGAGUCCAUUCUCGACGAACUCUUCUCCACUCGACAUAUAUAUGCUUUUAAUUAAUGCUAUCUUUUUGUCGGUAUUUUCACAAAACCGAUUAAUUUAUUCUCUAUUUUAGCGAGAAUUUAAUUAUUCUGUUUUGUCAUUAAAAGGAAAAAUUGUUUUUGAAAUUUAUUUUUAAAGUCACACAAACAGUGAGAACACAUUUUCUUUCAGAAUUUAGUUUUUUGUCAUUUUUAGCGCUUUUUAUUAUUAUUAUUAUUUUAUUAUUAUAAUUAUUAUUUGUCUAAUUCUGUGAAGAAUUAAGCAAUAAAUAUAUUGAAAACACAUUCACAUUACAGUCUGAAUUCCUAAACACAAAUUGCUAAUAAAUAUUAUCUCGUAGUGCUAUAGAUAUGCAAUAUUUUUAUAUAAAUACUAUAAACCAAUGCCUAUAAUUGUAAUUCCUUGUAAUAUAUUUCGGUAUAUGAUAUAUAUUUGAUGGCAUUCUUGCCCUUUUGUCGUGUUUCCCAAGAAUAAUUAUUAUAUUUGAUAUUCACAGCUGAAAUAUAUAUGAAAUGACAUAUUCUAGGCAUCAAUUGCCAUAUGAACCCAAAUGUUUAGCUUCUCCAACACAAUAGUCGUGUCUCUCAAUCCUUUUCCAUGUAAUCCUUGUCUCCCAUUCCCCUAUUGUGUCAAUUCUUGUGAUUCGUUGUUUAUUGGCGCUUAUGUUCAGGUUUUUUAUGUUUUAAUAGCAUUGACUAUUGACGUGUAUUUUUUGUAAUAAAAUAAUUUUUCACCAAA